CCGCGCAGGGAUGUUUUCCUUCCCCAAAGCAGGGUGCCGAGGGGCUCCUGGUGCUGCUUUUAGUUUUCCAGUUGUGCUCUGAGAUGAGCUACAGUUGCUUCAUCUUAGUGUAUUGGAAUGUAGAGGAAGGUGUGACUGAUUUCAGAGCCCUCCGAGCCAAAUUUCAGCACGACUCCAGCCUUGCCACCAAGCCAGUGCAGCCCUGCCAGAAGCCCUGCCCCAGAUUGGAGUCCAGAGGUGAUGGCGUGCCCAACAGUAAGGCAGAUGUGCUGGUACCCAGACCCCACAGUGAACCUCCCUGUCCUGCAUCCCAGCCUUCUGCCAUUGCCCAGAGGGCCAAGAUGGGCCACACAGAUCCAGAGGAGCACAAUGAAGAGCACAAAGGAAACAUCUCGAUGAAAGGGCUGAGCUCUCCCAAAAGCAGUUCUCCAAAGUAUCCAGUGUCCUAUUGCACAGAGCAGCAAGCAUCAGUCCAAGCUGGCCCUGAGGAUGCUCCGCUCCUGAACUCUUUCCACCAUGCACUACGGAUGUGGCAGAACGCUUUAUCUGGUGGUGAGAAAGCAAGUACUGAACUGCCAGCCAUGCGGCCAAUGAACCUCUAUGUGCAGCCCAGACCAGGGCAGAGGGUGCUGCGUGCUCCUGCCACAUCAAACGGCAGCAAGGUGCCUCCAGUUAGCAGCUAUCCUACACCAGCCCCACCUGCUCAGGGGCUGGCUUCUGCCCAGGCAGCCCAGGGAGAUGGGAAAGCUGCUGGGAGCUCUGCAGCAACUACAUUGCAAUCUCAAUGCCAGAAAGAGUCAAAGCCUCCCCACAGUCAGCUGGGAGCAGGGACGCAGCUGGACAGCCCAGGCAGCAAACUACCCAAGAGAAGACCUCUUCCUUCAGCUGCAUCCCUAGGUCCUGCUCCUCGGAAGCCCUUGAGACCCCCAAAGGUUGAUCUCAGCUCUUUCCGAAGCAUGGUACCUUCAGUUCACAGACAAAAUGAAACAACUGCUGAGGAAGAGGAUUACCUGAUUCCCGAAAGCACUCAACGUGAAGAGCAGCAUAAUUACGAGAAAACCUUGAUGUACCUGAAUCAGUCUGAGGACACCACAACCUUGUGUGUCAUUGAAGUACCUAAGGUAGAACCUCAAGAACACAAGAAACAGAAGAAUUUUCUCUUUGGUGAAUCCAGUCCCAGAAGAGCUAUAGUAGAGGAUGAGAAAGAAGGAAAAACAAGUCUUGAAAGAGAGAAACAGGAAGUGAAGAAGCCAGGUGGAAAUGAAUACAUAAUUCUCAGUGACCAAGCCAGGGAAGAUGACAGAGGUGGGAUGAAGGCGUUGCAUAUGAGGCAGGAUGUGACCAGUACCCCCCAAAGGCUGGCAAAAGACAGAGCAAAACCCUUGUACUAUGGUGCUCCUGAACCAACCGAAGACAGACCAACCUCAAGACCAAACCAUCAUCAGCUCCUGCUGACUCCAGAGGAUGUGUACGAUGACGUUGAGGGACUUCAAGACAGACUCAGCCGUGCUUCAGAUGCCUCAAGUCCAUCUGCUUCAGACAGCAGAAGCAACUAUGAAGAAACAUAUGAAGAUGUUGAAACUGGGAGUGAUAAUCCAGCAAAAGAGAAAGCAGAAAAACAAAAGAGAUUUGGAAAGCUGUUUAAGAUAGAAAAAUUGAAACUGAAAAAUACCAGGUUCAAGGAAAACUUAAGGUUGUUUUCCAUGUCAGCGCCAAAUUUAGCAGAUGUCUCCCAGGAGGACAUGGUGUACGACGAUGCUGAGACCGAGCAAAAAGACCCCAGAGAGAAGGAUGACAAGUGCAAAACGUGGAUGCCAAAAUUCCUGAUGGCAAAAGAAGUGAAGGACCGACGGAGAAGCAGUGAUGACGUGGAAAGAAGUAUCUUUAAAUUCAAGAAGAGCAAUGCAGAAAAAAAUAAGAUGGAAAAUGAAGAGAAGAUAUUUAGAGAAACAUUUCUGUAUGACAAGGAGAUCCGAGUCAUCAACACAGCAACCGCUGCAUGCUCCAUCCCCAGCAUGAGGAGAGCUGACCUCCCGCUCACAGCUGGAGAACAGCUGGAUGUGAUCGAUGUCACCGAGGGCAGCGCAGUGAUAUGCCGCAAUUCAGAGGGCAGAUAUGGGUAUGUCCUAGUGGAGUACUUGAACUUCAGGCAGUACUGACGGCCCCGGAGCAUCCCCAAAGUGCUGUUUUGAGCCUGGGAGAGCCCAUGUUUGUCGAUGUGGGGAGCUGAUGCCUAUGUAAAUAAAGCUUUAUUUUUUACACUUUC